UAUUUUGGAUUGUAAGUGUUUAGGAAUUCCAGGAAGUGUCAUUUCUAUUGCCUGAGCUUUAGUGUUGUUCGAGGCCGUUUUAGAGGCACAUUUCACUACUUACAGAACAGUAACGAUGGAUGAGGAUCAUAAACCAAGAAACAAAAGGAAAAAAUGUUUUGUACUUACAGAUUUUAGAAGAGAUGGAUGAGAACAACAAACAGUAUCAUAUGAGUUAGAGUAACAUGAGGUAGUUUCCUGUAAGGUAACUAAAGCAGCAUCAACUUACACAAUACAACAUAUAUUUCAUACAUUCAGUGCAACUGGAUGCUCUUGUGGGUUUACAUUUAGAUUGUGAAUUAAAGGUAUCUGUGGUGGCUGUGGGAUUACUACACCACACUCAGAGUGUGUUUCUCUCCCUCCUUUUUCUCUCUGCUGCCAGAGUGAGUCAUGCCCUAAGCACACUUCAAGCAAGGGAAAAGCAGUCACUGCAAUUCACAUAUAUUAAGCCAAAUAUUCCUUCUAAGUACAAUUUCUAAUUUGUUUUUUUGGAAUAUUGUCAAGAGGCACACAGGGUAAGACAAAGAAAAUAAAAUAAUUCUUUUUACUUACCCAGUGUCCGUCUGUCUUGGAUUCCUUGCCAACAAUCUUGUACUUGUUCAAUAUCUGUCCAAUAUACACUUUGAUGAGGAAUAAAGAUAAAGAAACUUUACAGGCUCCAUUUGAUUCUUACUUGAAUACAUGAAGUUUAUUGAAAAUGAACAUCUGACGUCACAGAAGCCUUUGGCCCAACAUAUACAUGGAUAUAGUCUCAACAAAAACUUAAAGGAUUACAGGAAACAGUCAGUUCUUAUAAUAUAGCACAGAUCAUUCAACCUGAAAGGAAGGAACACUUCGGCACACAGGAUCAGAGUGAACUUUAACUGUAAAUAACAAAGAUAGCUUUGUUACCCAUCCAAGGCUACCACCUUAUCUCAUAUGCUGGCGCCCCGAACAUAAAACAUCUUUUGUGAGAGACCAUGAAUGUCAGAGAGACAGAGGCCCUGCAGAUUAAAUCAUUAUUGCAGGGCAUUUAUUAAAACACUCUUUAAUGAACAUAUAUCCAUAUACUGAACAUUUGAACGUCUCCUUCACAAAUGAGCAUUUCUCUCUUGCAUUUUCUCUCACAGCAGGUAAAUACAAAAAGGUUGUAGAUCAGAUUCAGUGUGUGGUGCUUCACUGAUGUGCAUUUUCAAUUCUUCCACAGAGAAUGUGAUUUACGUAUUGUUUUAAUUUUUGUUUUAUUUUUUGGUCACAUUUAGCAUGUGGAACCGGCUUUCCAGACUGUCUCAGAGAAGAGUCUAAACAUGAGAAGUGAAAAACAGAACUUCACUGCUAUAGUGUGGACAAUGAGAUGAAAUACACCCCGACUGCCAUGAAUGUUUUUAAUGAAUUGGCCACUUUCAGUACUCCUUCAUGUCAGAUGGUGGUGCUCUAAGACUGAUACACAGCCGUAGAUGUCACUGAAGAGUGAAACAAUGCCUGGAGACAAACUCAACAGAGUCAGGCCGUCCAUCUGCCCAGCAGAACUGUCUUUAAAAUGGUGGAGCUUGACCACCUUUCAUUCAACGUUACACCAGAGGUGAGAAGGGACAUCACUGUGACCUGUUGGCAACCAGGUAAUAACUCAGAUUUUCUCAUUGAAUAUCCUGUCAUGGGUAACUCGGCAUCCACCGGCUUCAUCACUCCUACUCCUAAGAAACUGUCUUGGGGACGCCUGAAAGAGGACACAGUCAAGCUGGAGGAUUUCUUGACACAAUAUGAAGAGGACUUCUGGAGUGUUAAAACAAAGAAAAGCUUCUCUGUGAAAAAGGUCCACCGCACACACAGCAUCCGUUAUGCUGACCUAGCUGUUCAAGACAGUGAGAGUUUUUAUCCAAACAGGGACGGAAUGCUGAACCCUGCUUUUGUUGGAGAUCAGGGUCCGUGAACUGCUCAACUCCAUAUGGACAAUUAAACCUACACAAAAACUCAGCAAGAAGAUCCUCAAGGAUUUAAUAUUCAAAGAAGCAAAACCUGUGAUAUUCCUGUAACAUGAUUAUGUCUGUCAUAGAGGGCUUCAGCUAAGAGAGUGAUCAUUCUCACCACAAGACCAUAGGUGUGAAAAAUAGAACAGGAAGUGAGCCCUCAGUGUAACGUGAGAGUGGAAAAUGAAGCAAAAGUAGAGAGGUGUUCUUUUUAAUUUUGCACUGGGUGCAAAUGCAGUUUUGAUGUUGAUGUAAAUCGAUGUUAAGAUAAUAAUACUUGCAGGACACAAGACAUCCUGUGACUUCAGGAGCUGUAAACAUCAAGUGAGCAAAGAAAAUCCUUUCUUGAUUCAUCUGCAUCAGUGAUAGACACAUACCAGUGUAAGGUCUGACCGUGAGAGAACAAGAUGGAAACUCUGUUUCUCUUCCUUUUCCUGAAAGUUAUUCAAGCUGAAGCCUCGUCUUGGACGCUUCAGGCGCCAUCUUCAGUUAAAGGCCUCCCCGGAUCCUGUGUGGUGAUUCCCUGCUCAUAUAACUACCCUGAUCCGAGGAAGACGGUCACUCAAUUCACUGGGACUUGGCAUGAGGACACAAAUAAGCUUAUCUAUUACCCUGUUGUCUCUGAAAUCACGCAGCAGUAUCAAGGUCGAACCGAGCUGCUGGGAGAUGUCAGACAAAAGAACUGUUCACUGAAGAUUGAUCCUCUUCAACAAAGUGACCGUGGGCCUUUUCAUUUCAGGAUCGAAAUUGGAAACUAUGACAUUUUUUCUUACCUGCAGAACAAAGUCUCCAUUACAAUGAUAACUGAACCAAAUCCCAUCAAUUUCUCUGUGAAAGAGGAAGUGGAGGAGGGCGUAAAGGUGUCUGCGUCCUGCUCUGUGUCUCACUCCUGCCCCGCCUCUCCCCCUGUCUUCACCUGGAGUCACUCUGGACAAGAACAUUUCCAACCACAGCAGCUUGAAAAUGGCCAGUGGGAAGCAACGUCCACGCUGACCUUUCAACCCACCCGCACUGAUAACAACAAGCCUUUACAAUGCACCGUAACAUACAAGGGAGGGCAGCACCAGAAAACAUCCAAGGUCCUCAACGUAAAAUAUGCCCCUGUGAAUGUGAAGGUUGAAUACAAGUCAAAUGUAAAGGAGGGAGAGGAUGUGAGGCUGAAAUGCACCAGUGAUGCUCACCCUGCCAGCAACUUUGAGUGGCGAAGUGACACUGGUGCUCAACUGCACAAGGGAAACCUCUACAUGCUGAAAAACGUCUCCAGACACACAGGUGCCCUGUAUUGUAUUGCCAUCAACAAAAUGGGACAAGGCAGAUCAAGCCCUGUUCAGCUCAACGUGUCAUAUGCCCCUGAGAUUAAGAACGUCUCUUCCUGCUCCUCGGAGGGGGAUAUGGUGAAGUGCAUCUGCAUUGUAGAGUCCAAGCCCUCCAGCAUGGUCCAUUUUUUGCUUUCUAACAGAGUCCUGUCAAGCACCAAGGUAGAAAUCAAUGGCCCUGUUACCAUCGGGACUCUGCAGGCAAACUUGGGAUCAUCUGGAUUUGUCCACUGUGUGGUAAACAACACGGUGGGCAAUGCCAACAUCACACUAACUUUACCGGAUAAAAGUGAGAUACCGACUCUUUAUCUUGCCAUCGCCAGUGGAGCUGCAGCUGCGAUUUUGGUGAUACUAAUAGUGGUGGCAGUGGUUAAGAAAUGUAGGGGGAGAUCUGGAGAUGUGCGGUCACCCAGUACUCUACAACACCAAGGAAAGAGACGUGCUAUGAUGAUGAACAGUACCCUAGCAAUGAUCAUAUAUAUGGCAACAUGGAGACUAAAUGGACAACAAACGAUGAUGCAAUAUACGCCAAUACAUAAUAUGAACAAAAACAUUCCUGAUUGCUCCAGGAGAACUGCUGCAGUCCAUCUGUGUGUCCUCUCACUGAUGUGAUUAUUAUGUGGGUCAAGACAGUUGCAACUGUUGAUGUGCUAUUUUCUGUACAGUACAGUUCACAUAUAUUCUGUUCACAUAUAUCUUUCAAAAGUAUUCUGUUUGAAAAUAAUCCUAUUACUCAUGAUCUUUUGUGUCUGCAUGUUUUUCUGUAGUCCAGAAACAAAACUUUAUUGCAGUCACCUGUUCUAUUUGUUGUUUUAGUGCUUUUUGUGAAGCUUUAUUGUCUGUUUUCUUGCCCACAGUGUCACUUGGUUUAAGUAUUUUAGUUUCUACCUUUUCUGUCUGCAUCUCUCUCCCAGCUAUUUAACUUUUUACCUGUCUGAGCAAUAGUCUGAGUGCUUGUCUGAGCGGAGGUCUGAACUGGUCCUGCGCUACUGGAUUCACUGUCAGAUGGCGGCCGAUCUAUGGGAGGUGCAGAGGGUCCUGCAGUUACUCUUAUAUCUGUAUCCCUGACUGUUGUGGGUUUACAUUUACAUUGUGAAUUAAAGGCAUCUGUGGUGGCUGUGGGAUUACUACACCACACUCAAAGUGUGUUUCUCUCUCUCCUUUUUCUCUCUGCUGCCAGAGUGAGUCAUGCCCUAAGCACACUUCAAGCAAGGGAAAAGCAGUCACUGUAAUUCACAUAUAUUAAGCCAAAUAUUCCUUUUAAGUACAAUUUCUAAUUUGUUUUUUUGGAAUAUUGUCAAGAGGCACACAGGGUAAGACAAAGAAAAUAAAAUAAUUCUUAUUACUUACCCAGUGUCCGUCUGUCUUGGAUUCCUUGCCGACAACGGCAGUUUGUUGGAGAAAUCUUGUACUUGAUCAAUAUCUGUCCAAUAUACACUUUGA